GUGAUCUACUCAAGGCUAUACGUGACGGGAUCAAGCUGCGUAAGGUUGACCCUGUAGAGCGCGGCGCUGGAGGGGCCGGAGGGGCGGGGGCGCGGGUGGUGCCUGACCCCAGCAAGGACGUCGCCUCCAUCCUGCAGGAGCGGCGGUUUGCGUUCGAAGUGAGCGACUCUGACACGUCAUCAGACACCGACAGUGACAGCGAUGACUGGGAUGAGACCAGCGCGUAGGAGAGCUGUAGUGGAGCCUUCCCCUCAAAGUGUUAGGACGGACGUGUGAGCAGAAGAAGGGGGGAAUUCAAUGAGCCACAUCGCGCUCUUCGCUCCUCUUUUCGCCGAGGCAUAUACUCCAGAAAAUCCAGCAACAUGAGAGAACAAACUUCAUCAUCAUCCAAACACCAUUGUGGCUCAUCAUCCAAACACCAUUGUUGCUCACCAUUGCAACAAAAUUGUGAUCCAUUACCUAUUUAUGAAGAAUGCGUUUCUGCUGGUGCUUCGGACCGCGGUACCAGAGCGACUUUAGAGCAUCUUUCUGUCCGUGAAAACUUGAUUGUUAUCCCUAUAGUGAAAUCAUCUACGCCAGCGGGCGCUCCUGCUGCGUCAGUAAGUAGUGCAAUCAUAACUACAAAUGUAGAAUUAGAUCCAGUGGGUGAAAUUCUUGGAAAUGGAACAAAGAGUGUCGGGAGUGAAACGAGCGGUUUUAGCAACAAUACUGUAUUAACAGCAAUUGAAGCAGUGAUACAAACUACGGAUACUGCAGAAACUGCUAUUGAAACGGCGAUACGAAACAGAUAUAUGAUUGAAACCGCAAUUAUAACAGAGGUACCCGCGCGUGACAUUACCCAUUCUGACAACGUUGUCCCUACUGCAGCUUUUGCAGGUGGCAGUGUUGUUUGUCCCGUGACCACAUCAGACAUUGAGUUUCAUCACAAUGAUACUGAAGCGAUAAAAUUUUGUGAUGUUAACAUUUGUAGAGAAGAUAAUUUAUUAGACGUUCCUGUUGGCACUCCUGCAGACAAUGCAACUUAUGUUUGUUCUAAUGAAAAUAGAAAUUCAUUGUCAUCUGUUAAUGUCUAUGAUAGUGCUGGUAAUGUGUCACCAUCAUUAAUUCAUUGUCAAGUUUCUCGUGAGCAGUUAUCAUCUGUUACUUGUGGUGUUAGUGGUACAGAAGUUAUUAUAUGUGUCCCCCUCGCCUCCAAGACCAAUGUUAUUCAGAGUGAAUUAAAUGCAUCGUUUAGUAAAUUCGUUACCAGUAGCCAAGUCUCAAACACUACACCUAAUAUAAUUUCUGAACCAAAGCCUGACUGUUGUAGCGAUGUUGGUUGUAGUCGUUCUGUUGGUGCCGCUUUGGGUGCUCCCUUUAAACAGAGACCUCGUUUUCCUUCGCCUGCUGGAGGCUCACGUGAUAAUAUUCCCAAUGAAUGUAAAUGUGCUGAAAAUAUUGUGCAAUCUCCUGAAGUGAUUAGUGAAACAGAAUAUUGUGAUGUGAAUUUAAAUGUAACUGAGAAAGAAAAUAGUGAUGUUUCUAGGCCUCGCGGUGAUGAAGCGUCUGGAACUCUCGAGUCUCGCAGUUAUGAAAUACCAAGUUUAUUACCGAAUACAGAAGCAGCUGGAAAUCCUAGUAAACUUUCUCAAGACUGUAGCACCAAGCCAAAAGAUGUCAAACUCGAAAACAGAAAAAAUCCUCCUCCUUUAACUUUGGCAAGUGGUGGUGUUGUUGAAAAAUUCAAAGUUUUGUACGAGAAUGGAAUGUUUGCAACAUCCGCACCUCUGUCUACGUCACGCUCCGACCUAGAUGCCCAAGGACGAUCUCCUGACUCACUCAGUUUCAAGGAAACUCGUCAGUUCCUGACACAAAAUUUACGUUUGAGUGUCAGUCCUAAGCCCAGAAGUGGGUUCUCCUCGUCUCAAGACGAGCGUCAGCUGCUGCCAUCUUUGUCAACCUUUACUGCUGCGCCAAGCAACCCACGCAGCAAGCCUUCGUUUCCUGCUACAAACUCCGUUCAUGGAGGAGUCAUUGCAAGGAUUCUUCCUGCGACAAGCCUACCAAGCAAUGCAAGCUUUUCUGAUUUAAUAGAGAUUGAAGCUGGACGUCGUAAGCAGAGACGAAUGAACGUUCAGAAUAAUUUAUCCACUCCAGAUGAGCUCGAAGGUGAUGAGAUAGAUUCUUUGCACGAGAGUAGAAUAAAGGAUAAUUAUGAAUCUCAUCACAGCAAAAAGAGCGAGUCAUCUGAGAACAUCGUCAGUAGAAGAAAGUCAUGUGAGAAUAUUUUCGAUUUUCAGAGCAAGACUUCGAUUUCUACUAAGGCAUUGAACGACCUAUGCAACUUGGAGCCUCUAAGUGACUUGAAAUCCGUAUAUUUCUUGACCCAACAAAGACUAUCCAAUCCCGACUCUUUUGCUUCCGCUAUGUGUGGUGAAAGCCGCAAUAUCUCGAAGUAUGAUGCUGCCUCAAUAUAUUCGUGCGUUUCGUCAUACAAACAUGUACUCACAGAUCAGUCUGUCACUGGCGAUAAUUUGUCUAGUGUUUGCGUUCCUGACUGCGUAAACUCUAGCGCUUACAAACGCUAUUCUCUAGCACCAGCAAUGCGACGCUCAUACGAGGCUCUUGGUUCUGAAAGUAACUACGCCUCCAUACACGAGGCCCUCAACGAGAUCAUCUCCGAGGUCAACGAAACUGACGCUGAAGAGCGCAUGCGUGAAGACAGAGAUCGCUUCAGGGCAUGCAUUGAAAAAUCAGAAAAUUUUCGCCAUUUAGCGCCGUCGCUCGUGAAGAAAGUUGACCGGACGAAAAGUCAGCGCUGCGCACCCUUGCCUCCUGAUCGGCUCGUCAGGGAACUGAGAAACGUUUCUUUCUCUAUAAAACAAGAAAUAGCGUCUUCUGCCUCCGACCGUAUUUCACCGUUGUUACCAUCUGGAAGUAAUAAACUUGAAAUGGAAGGGGAAAAAUAUUACGAAGGUCUUGAGUUUUACCCUUCUAGAAGAGGCCCGUCGCAUCGUAAUGUUGGUUUUUGUGUGCCCAGCAGCCAGGGAAUUAUAGAAUCUGCUGCUUUUCACGCCGUACAGCCCCGACACCCUGAAGACCUAGCGUCGGUCAAUAGCCUUUCUCACAGCAGCAGUCAAAGAUCGUUUGUUCCUGAGUCUCGCUGUGGCAGUGAAACGAAUCCUGUGAAAAGAGCUCACACUUUCUUUGGCGGACCAAUGGAUAAAAAACGUGUACCUAGAUCCAUCGAUGAUUUAGCUAGCGCUGUUGAAGUGAGGCAUGUUGAUAAUACUAGCACUGCUGCAGUAAGCUACCUUGAUUCUACCAUCGCCACAGAAGUUCAACGCACUAGUUCUAUUAGUGCUUCAGGAGCGAGACGCUUGGCGAGUAUUCAUUCUAGGAGGAGGACUUUGAGGGAAUUCUGCUCUCCACCAGCCGACUGCAUGGAGCAGGAAGAUUCUGGUGACCUAAAGGAGCCUCGAUUUGAGAAAACCUCUCCAAAAAACAAGUUCAAGAAAUUUUGGAUGCGAAAAUGAGUUUGUUUUAAUGUAGCACAAUAUUAAUUGGUUACUAUAUUUUAAUCCUGAAACAUUUCUCGGCAUAAAUCACAUUUCCAGAUACGAAGUCAUAAACACUAAAAAUUACAUGAACUUGCCUGCCUGCGCGUGCAAGUUGCUGCUUCGCUUCUUAGUCCUUCUUACCAAUCGUGCUGCUGCCAUGACGAUUUGUAUUUUUAUCACUUACGCCUUUUAUUAUUUUCUUUGUCUCCAGUGAACCGAUAAAGUCGCGCGGGUUACUUCACCAUCGUCGUUAUCAUGGAACAACAAGCGUCAAAAUGAAAUAUAUUCCUCGUGUAAUGCACAUCAUUUCCUGUCCAUUCCCGAAAAACUCGAGACGAAAAUGCGUGUGUUUACUUCACUUUCUCUGGGACGGAGCGGCAUUCAAAAAGUGAAAAUAAACAGUCCUAUUGCCGCAGACUGAAGUGUUGGAUAAAGUCUUGUUUAUAAUCAAGUGCGGCGUGAGUGUUUGGAUCAAGUCUUGUUUAUAAUUAUCAUAUAAUCAUCAUUUGCUCUAGUUUGCUUUUUAAAAUGAAUGUAUCUGUCGCUAGGUCAUCAUGUGCCUGGGAACUGGAGUUGUAAAGGUUAUCACUACAACGUUUAAUGGAAAAAUUUUGACGAUCGUUGUUAAAGGAAAGUAAGCCUUCGCGCCCAUGUUAGUUGAGAUCAUUCUUCUGUUGUAUUCCAAUUUAUCCACGUUUAAUUGAGUCUAAUGAAAUCAUUUUGAUAAACUACGGGACGCGUUCCGUGUAAGAACGUCACCCCAUCUAGUCUUUGAUAUCGGUACCGAAACACCUUGGUUUCGUUCAGUCCAACACAUUCACAAGGAACCAUGUAAGAGUCGCAAAAUUUAUCAGAGACACAUUCUCAGAAAUGUUGGUACUUUGACGGGCUCAAUAUCGAAUUACUGGCUCUAUUGCAGACCAUAGACGAAAUAAUAAAUUUCGAUACAUCAUGUCAUGAGGUAAUAUAUGAAGCAGACGUUGAGAGAUGUUAGCAUCAUGUCUCGCAGUUCGUUUCUUAUCAAUGUAUACUAGCAUAUUCCUUUCUUAUCGAGGCCAAACGUCAGGUUGUUGUUGUUCAGGGCAUGGAGAAACUGCUUGCGCGAUUCUUGUAUUUCUUUAAGUUUUUUUUUUCUUGGAGCUUCUUUUGUAAUUAUGCCAAUUUUCCCGUGUUACAGUAUCAUGAUACAGGCGCAAGCAGAGGAUAAUAAAGCUUUCUUAUACAUAAUUUUCUACAUUGUAGUGUGUUAUUUUAGUAAGAUAAUAAAGCUAUAUUAGCUCUUCGACUCUCUGAAACGCUUCAUUAUAUCAAUUGCUCGCAUAUAUUUUAGUGCCCCAUAUCUGUGCACAAUACAUAGCAUCCUUAGAACGUAUAAACCCCGCUUUAUGUGUGAUAUGUUCAGUGUUCCUCUUGUAAAUCACGGUGUAUAAUCUUAGUUCAUAGUUUGCUGAAAUCUAUUUUAUUUCUCUUUCGAUGUACGCAAAUUAUUUUUUAAGGAAAAGGAUGGUUUCAUUGUCUUGCUGAUUUACAGUGAACCAGGCAAUCAUGUUCAUGGUGUUCAAAAAUUGUGUUCAUUCAAACUUUUUGUUUUCAGUUACAGUGGCUGCCAAUUAUCGAUACUUACCUAGUGCUGGAAGUUUACAAAACAAACUGUGUUUUGUAAACUUGAGGAAGUUCACAAAACACAGUAUUUUAUUUUUAGAUUUCGCUGUCUGAAAUUAUACCAGGAAAAAAUGUUACAAUACACUGCUAACACAAGAUUUUUCCAAUCUUUUAUAUCGGUUCUCGUGCUUGAGUUUGUUUGAAUUCGAUCUCGUGUUUUGCCGCAGGUUCAGCUUAGUCCAGUUACUCGGCAAACCAAAAUUCGCACUUUCGAAAUUCGUAUCACAAAGAACAUUCAAUAUUUGUUGCAAGUCCCAAACUCAAAUUCCUGUUAUUUUUACAGGCUAAGCGAACCUACAACACCAGCGCCGUCUUUUUAGCUGCUAUCAUGACUAUAUAAACUGAUUACUGAAUAGGUAAUCUGAAUCGAUUCAGAUUACAGGCAGUUGUGACGCUCAUCGCAGCCAAAAGUAUCAACUAGCGCGUACCAAAUUGAUUCAAGUCCUAGCAAGUGGCAAGCAAGACCGUCAGAGAUGCACUUGAAAUGACUGCAUCAAAAGAUCAUUGGUAGAAUAUUGCUGUCGAAGCUUCAUCAUUGAAUACUUUCAUAUAUUCUCAAAUGUAACAAUGAUGUUGUCCGUUCAGUAACGGCCUUUGUAGCAUUAUCUUUACUGCUAUUUCUCUCAAAUAUCAGCCUUUAUCCAAUCUUUGGCAUAUCUGAUGCUACAUCAGAUCGAGCUGAUACUGACGACACAUUCUAUUCCGAUUGAUGUAUUGAUAGAUUAAAUUAUUCCUUGUAGAAUAAUUAAAAAAAAAUAAUAUCCCUUUGACUUUAUAGUACGAUUUGCUGAUAGAUUCCGUGUACAUUGCACCUCCCUAGCCCAGUCGCUCCGGCCCUCUCUUUUUCUACGUCAAGUGUACCUAUUCUUUUAAGGAUAUCUUAUCUCGAUUUAUUCGUGUAUUUUCUUUAUGAUUAACUGUGGAUAGUGUUCAUUGUUUUAUUGUUGUUAAGUUGUUUUCCAUGAACGAAGUUAACUUUUCACUUUCUUUCUAACUUCCGAUCGCUAUCGUUAACCUCCGACAACUUACCGCGGUGUAGUUUCGUUUGACUAGCGCCGCGUUUAUUCUAUUUGCUAAUAACGAACUUUUUUGGUCCUAGAUUUUUGCUCUUGGUAUUCAUCUAUAAAAUUCUUGUUAAAAUACGACUAAGUUGGAAUGAGAAAAUAUUUAUUUGUAAUUAAGUUGUCGCGACUGGCAUUAAAGGCCCAACUAUUCAGUGAGAUAAUUAAAGAUGAAGGGUUUAGUUUUGUAAACUCGUAUACAGACUGAAAUCAUCUAUGAUAUAUUGUAAUGGGAAGUUAGUUAUGAUUCACUUUGUAUACUUUACCGGCAUUAUAUAGAUAAAAAAUUUACGAGUAACUUGUGGCAAUUUACAAGGGAACGUGAAUAUUAAGACUCGCAUGUAGGAUUCACUCUUCUAUCUCUGAAUAUUCUGUAUUGGAAUUCAUUAUAAUAUAAUGCGCAAUGACAUCUACCAAACGUACUCAACACAGGCAAUACCCUGCUAACAUCAAUGGAGUAGUCGUGUUACGAUGUACGUUCACCGUAUUCACAUCGUAACGUGCUUCUAUGAUGAACUAUAGUGAAGUCUUGCUAUGGAAGUAAAUGUUACUAUGAUGAUUGAUGCCUCAUUGUGAAGUCUUGCUAUCGAAGAAUGUGUGUCUUGAUGAUUGAAAAAUUAUAGUGAAGUCUUGAUUGUGAAGAAAAUGUUACUAUGAUGAUUGAUGCCUCAUAGUGAAGUCUUGAUUGUGUAGAAAGUUAGCUAUGAUGAAUGAUGAAUUUUAGUGUAGGGUUGCUUAUGAAGGAAGUACGGUGAAAUCAAUAUCUGAAGAAGCGAAUUAUGGCUGACUGGUGAGCAAUCGUGGUGUAUAUUGUUUGUGUCUGUGCUGUCAUUUCGUGUUCGGUGUUGUGUUGUUCUCUCCAUUACAUGCACUGUAUAAUUUUAUCUUCACUUGAUGACGUUCUUCCUUGUGAGGGCAUUUUAAAGAAGGAAAUCUUUAUUUAUUUAACUUAUGAGUUUAUCACGAGAAAUAUUGCAAUGCAGAAUGCGGAUUACACCUUUUCACAAAUUAAUAACGUGUCGGAAAUUGCCGUUUCUGUUUGCAGUCGUGAAAAUUUUAAACAAAUAUCAAAAUUGUUCGUAUUUGCACAUGAGAUCAUCUGGUGUUCUACUUGACAUUGGAUCUCAAUGGUCACAAAUGAUUGUAACUGAUCAAUUUCUCUUGUAUAGUAAACGCAUAAUCUUUGUGUCAUUGUACUGGAAAAGCCUCUGUAUUUGUCAUGUUCUGAGCUAGAAAGCUCUCGAUCAUUUCUCAUUCCCCAGUCAGUGUCUCUUUAAACUUAGAUAUCUUCAAAAGGUUUACAAAUACACGUGUAUUAAGGUAGCGCUUUGUUUUUACCUUGCUCAAUAUUUGUGUUCACGUUACACAAUUUCGAACUCAAGUCUAUACUCUUGUAUACUCCGUUCCUAUAGAACUCCGCGCAAAUGUUGUUUACUUUUAAUCGAAGUUGUCUGCAUUUUCUGUUAUUCUGAAACUAUCUGAAUUGAAGUAUAUGUUCUAAUAAUCUCGCGCAAAUAUCUUUGUUAUAAGGACAUUAUUUAUCAAUUACGUAUUUAAUAAGUUUUUCUAUCCAACAUUUUUAUUUACAAGGUUUUGUGAGUUUUCACGUCCACAGGAUUGUAUUCGUUUGUUAUUAGGGCUUGAAUAUUUAUAUUUGUAAAAUUUUUUAGGAAUGAUUCAGAUUUAAAGGAUGUAUCUUGAAACCUAAGCAUAUUGGAACGUUAAAAACUACCCCACAUCCCAACGCUGCGCCGUUCAGACGUUCCAAGCCAAGCAUUUGUUGCAGUUGAGAAAGUCAUAUUUCUAACGAGCUUUUGUUUUACACUGUUAACCUGCUUAUUUAUCCAUUAAUUGCAUAGGAAUAUGAAUUAUACUAUCCAGUUAUUGAUAAUAUGAGCACUGUGUCCAAUCAUAUUGUUUCUUUUGGUUCAUCUGGAAAAGCGUGUAAAAUCCAAAAUUUAUUCUGGCCGUCCGAAGAGAGAGUGAAACGCUUGUGUAAUCAUUUUAGAUUCACUUAAUUUUAGUUACAAAGAUGUAUUUCAAAAGAUAUUCACAUUUUCCUGUUCACAACAUAGUGAGGCUGAAUGUCCCAAACAUGAAAGUGAGUCCAAAGAUACGAAAGUGAGUCUAAAUCUAUGCAUUCUAGUGAGCUUUUUGAUGCACUUCAGUAGGUCACAUUGACCCACUCAAAAUAAUUGGGGAUUUUGAGUGAAUAAGAGAGCGAAAAUUGCCAGGGAAUAAAAUUGACGAAAAGUUGGUAGAUUUACUCCGGGGUGGCAUGAAACUUAACCUCCAAACCACGUUAUGUCUCGAUAAUCUUGCUGUUCUUAGUUUCUACUUAUGAAUUCCCUGGCUGGAGUGGAAUGUAUUUAGAUGUUUGUCUUGCUCUUUAGUAUUUAACUUAUCAUUUCAGGCUGUACUGCAAUAACCAGUGUAGUUAAUUCACAUGGCAUAUUUCCCGUAUUAACAACCGUCGCCGUAAUGUUCAAUACAAUCUGUUGUGUACGAAGCUGUCGCGUUAUUCCAUCGUUUCUGGCGUCUGUAUUGGCUUGAUUUUACUGAAUAUCAAGUUAAUUAUACACGUUCUUUUGCUCCGAUGGCAGUGAUUGCUAAGUACACUUCAGUUGUGAUUGCAGCUCUCCCAUCCGGUGAUUGCUGCUCUUCCAUUCGGUGAUUGCUGCUACCCAAUCCCAUUUGGUGAUUGCUGAAUGUGAUGGCUGCUCUCCCAGACGGUGAUUGCUAAUUGGUGAUCGCUACCACCUGUACCGUAAAAUUUUUAGAACUAGGAAGUUUCUGAUCAAUUGAGUCGCUCGAUUGUAUUUCAAAGGUUCACGUGUUUCCAUGUAAGUAGGUUUCAAUAUAUAGUUCGCGUUCCACGUACAAUUGUUUGGCCACCCUAUCAGAACGCAAGUUCGCUAUUUUUUUUUUAAUUAUAUAAAGAUUUCGAACUAAAUUAGGCUGUUUUUUCCAUUGCACCUUAUUAUCCCAAGUUGCAGUGUUAUCAGGAUGUGGGGGUAUUUUCUAUAAGUACUUGCAAUUCUAUUACUUCGAGUUCCGUCGAUAUUUAAACUUCUCAUGUCUGUCAAGUGUAAAUUUAUGUCAUUUUAUUAUAUAGAAUCCCAACCACUAUACAUAUAACCGUUGAAAAGAACUUUUCCCCAAGUAUCAAAGAAGCUUUCCCAAAUAUCAAUCAAGUUUAUAUAGAAGUAGAUAUUAUCAAACCUAAGGGGGUUUAACAGUUAAUCACGCACUAUAUAUAAUAUUAUAUCAGCCGUUCUUGAAUAAUUCAAUGCUCCGCCAUCUAAUAAUGCAGAAUGUUCAUUAUCAUAACUAACUUGUAUUUACUAUGGCGCCUACAUUUUUGAAUAGCUUAACUAUUACAGUGCGCGUCAGUUCGAAUUGAAAGUUUUCCCCAUUCUAAAAUGUCGAAAUAAUCAAUUGAUUAGACAAAUAUUCGCUCAAAUGAUUAAUUUUAGGAGAGUUUCUGCAAUGUGCAUAUUUUUUUAAGACUUGCCAGUCAAUAGGACAAACUACUGACAUGUCUCGGCGGUUCUGAUCGCCAUCAGUAAAAUAAUGAGGUUGAUUUAUUGGAAAUUUCCUAAGUUAAGAUUUUCGUGUAAUGAUAACCGCUUUAUGAUGAAGGUAUGGCGCAGAGAUGGUGCUGCGUCGCUAUAGUUUCAUGUUCCAUAAUGUUCGAUUUUUCUAAUGGUAAUUUUGCUUGAUCUUUGUAACUUAAUGUUAUUAAUAUCCAAGUCUUCUUCAUUUGCUGUCCCAUUAUCGUCUUGUUCUAUAUGUGUAUCGUGUAUAAAAUGUAUAAAGCCAAAUUAACUUCCAUUAGUUAUACAUUGAAUAAACGAUGUCCAUGGAA